AUAAAAACAACAAAUGUCGUGUUUCAUUAUUCGUUAGUGUUCAAAAUAAAGCGAUUUAAUUUUAUUUUAGUUUAUAUUAACUAAACUAUUCUCACAAACUGAUAUUUUAAAAAACAACGUUGUAUAUACUUUGAUACAUACAAUCGCCAUCGCUUCGACAGUUUACUUAAUGUUAUCAAAUUGUUUGCGUAUUUUUGCCCACUGUUACUUUGACAUUUGAGCAACAACAACAAACAUCACAACAAUUGCACGCGACCACAAUGUAAAGAAUCAACCGCUUCGCAAAAUAAUAAAAAUGUUUUGUAUUUUCAAUAAAAAAUAAAAUAUAUAAAUAUGACAAUUUUGGAUGAAUUAAAUUCGCUGCCAAAGGAGUUGACUGAGAAAAAUAAGAACUUUAUACAGCAACUGCCGAAUCUUCCCAAGAAUAAAACUGAAGCUGAGAAUGUAUUACAGCAACUUGCGCAGCUGAUAAAAAAUGCAACCAGUGAAGGCACCACAGAUUUGCAACCAGUCAAUCAAGUGUUGUUAAAUUUGGCUUAUCGUGCCUAUUACCAGUUGCAGCAAAAGUUUGAUCUGCAGGAUGAACAUUUCGAACAGGUGGGAGAUCUACUAAAGCAAGAGAAUGGAUUCAAUUUACUAUAUGCAAUAUUGUUGACUGAUAAAGCCAAAUGCCUAAAUGCAGAGGAAUUGCGAGAUGUUAGUCUUGCUGCGCUGUCAACAGCAGUGGAACACAAUUCAUGCGCGAUUUUGUCAAUAUUAAAAGCUUUAAAUUUACUUUGUAAGAAAUUUCCACAACUGAAUUUGGAGUUGCCAUUGGAGCAUGCCUACUGCUGUUUGCAACAGCCGCAAAGUGGUUUGCGAGAGGAAAUAAUUUUAUUGCUAAAUUUUGGUUGCAAGCAACUGAGCGUAGCAACGAAGUACUUUGUGUUGAUUACAGAAUUCUGGCCAUGGACAAGUCGUUACAAGCUUUACAUUUUAAGUUGCAUAUUGAAUUCGCAUUGCUUGCAUGAUUUAUUGAGUAAGGAGCAGAGAAGCGACUUUUUCGAGGGUAUACGUUUGAGCUUGAGAUAUAAAAAUUUAUUGGCUGCCAGUCAAUAUGUGGUGAAAAGUUUGAGUAAACAAAAUUCCACAGAACUAAUUGACCUUUGUGUGAAUAUUCUAGUAACUGGUAACAUUAAGGAAUUGCAAAAUUUUUAUGGCCAAUGGUUUGGACGCAUCACACAAAAGCAAAAUAUUUUUAAUUUGUUGCAACAAAAGACCGAAAUCGCUGGUGUGCUGGAUAAUUGGGACAGCAUCGAGGAUGAAGCUGAAAAUUAUCGUCUAGUACUUAUUUUCAGCAUGUUUGCUAGGCAAAUUUUCGACACAUCCAAGCUGCAUUUCUUCAAAAUAAGUACCGUGUUGAUCACAAACUGUUUUCAGUUCCACACGGAAACUCAAAUUUUAAUCUAUAAAGUCAUUGUAGACAAUAUUGAUAACUUUGCCAUUGAGGACUGCCUAGAAUUUAUUAUUGCAUUUAUAAAUCAUCAUAAGGGUAUACAGAAUGCACAGUUCCGUAAUAAUAUUUUGGACAAGAUACCGAACAUCAUCAAUUACGUAGCCAAAACAUAUAACAAGUUGGCGGCUGAGAGUGGAAGUUCUUUAGAGGCGAGCAUCAUAGCUUUCUUUCAGCAAUUACAGUACAUAAUUGAAGAUAACAUUGUCAGCGUUCUUUAUCAACCAAAGAUAUUCUCGCUUAAGCUAUUGGAGCAGUUACUGAAGUCACUUUACGCACAAACUAUCGAGAAAAAUUCAAAAAACUGUUGUAUAGCUCACAAUCAAAAAUUGGGUGCAUUUCUGGUGGAACAAAAGGCUUUUAAUGAAAGGGAUGUAGUUAUGAAGCUUUUGGAUUUGCUUAAUGAUCCUUUUGGUUUUGAUGAUGUAUUGGAAUUGAUAGUCUCACUGCUUCGUGAACUGAACUAUAUCGAUUCAUAUGCUUUUGAUAUCUGCAAGGACUACGCACGUCGCAUCGUUGUGGAAGAGUGUGUGCUAACGACAUUCUACACAAAAGUAGCCGUACAAUGCAUGAGCAGUGAGGAACACAAAUCAGAUGCUUGUGAAUUGUACAAUAGUGCACUCCAUAGCCUUAAGUGGGAGUUCGCACAGUUCAAGUUGGAUCCAUUUUUGACGUUGAAUACCAGAUGCCAUUUGUUUGGUUAUGUGAAUAUAUUGAAUGAAAUUUUAUUUCAUCAAAAGAGCUUGAACACCGUCAAUCAUUGGGAAGAACUCAUCCUAUUGCACAACAUUUCUAAUGAAUUAUUGAAGUACUUAAAUUUAACCAAACUUUCUGGUGUAGAGGACGAGGAACAGAUUAAUACUGCAGCAAGCUUUCAGGAUAUGGAUGAAAGUCUCAAUUUAUUAAUAGAGAGAAGUGCGUAUGAAACAAAAUGUGCAGAGAAGAGUCGCAUAUUUUUGCUAAUGUCCUUUUGGCUCACAUUUAAGGCAUGUUGUGACUUAGCUACCACCAUUGGCUGUUUAUUGGUGCCCACUAGUGUUCAGUGUGCAACAGAUUUAAGUAGCUUAGAGUUAUGUCUUAAAAUCAACACAACUGUGCUAAGACGCUGUCGACAUAAAGGCGCAAUUGAAGCAGCCGGACUAAGUAUUGGUAAACUAAGCAAAUGCAUUACGAAACAGAUGGCACCCAAUAGUAGUGCUUACAAAUUAUUGCAUGAUUGCAUAGAAUUGCUCUUCUUUGAUGAACAACAGGUCAGCAAUACACGCCGUGGAGCCGGUUUCUCCAUUAUGUUUCUACAUAUUGUAAAAAACGAAGUACCGCGCGGACGUCCUUUAUUAAAGGGAGCUAUUAACAAAAUACUGACUAUUCUAAACACAACUAGAACCGCUGAAGUCGUUGACUCAAAUUUCGAUCGUUUAGAGGCUUUAACACUGCACUAUCUUUGCGUUCUCCUCAGAGAUGCAGAGUUGCGUGAAGCCAUGACACAAUAUCAAAACGAAAUCGUAAUGUCCGCUAUAAAGUGCAUUGAUAAUCCGGAUUGGGUGAUUUGUAAUGCAGCACUACAAUUAUUUGGUGCACUAAUACCUAAAAUUGUGGGUCAAAAACAGAGUACGGAAUUUGAAACACCCAUGGCUUGGGAAUCAGCAGAAAUUACGCAUAAUGAUAUUAUUAGGAAGCUGCCACAAGCUUAUGCUUAUAUGUUACGUUAUUGUGCCAAAAGUGAUGUAUCUAUCAAUUCCACACGUUCUGUUAUACUCUUCUUAGAGUUCUUUGUCAAAGUUGAGCAUGUACUAAUGAACGAUCCCGACGAUAUCACGGCAUUGAUGGAGUUUCGGACUUCCAUGUGGACACUGUUGUCACAUAAUUAUGAGAAAGUACGUAAACUGGCCGCAAUUUGUUUGAUACGUGCCCACGAGUUUCGUUACGAGCUACCGCAUUUGCUGCUCAGUAUAGCUAGCAUUAUAUUUAAUAUUAAAAAUGAGAAUUUCUUUGAAGGUUUAAUAUUUACACUCAUUGAGGGUUUAGCAAAAAUUAACCAUGAGUCGCUCUACAUUACAACGGAAGUAGAGAAUAUGAAGUUUUUACAAAGUCUGCAAGCAGUCCUACUGGAGAAUUUCAAGUUGAAUAAUUUUAAGUGCUAUACGCUUUGUAAAUUAAUUGAUUUGUUAUUACUCGUAAACUUCGACAAGGAGUCCUUAAUAGUGACUGAGCUAGUAAAGCACAAAGUAAGCCAAAAUAGUGUGGGUUAUGAGGACUGGAUACAAAAAAUCGCACAGCUUGCCAAUUAAAAUAGAUGCCAAUUAAAUUAACGAAGACUAGUUAAUCUAGUUUUUUCUUGACACAAAUGUUUGAAAUAUACAUUUAAUAGAUUCCUAGUAUAAAUCAUAUAUUUAUUCAAACUGACUAAUCAGCUUUUAUUAAGGUAGCUGCAUUUCAAAAUCUUCUUACUAACCAUAAGUUAAUUUUUUUUAUAUUUAAUUUAAGUGUCUUUAUAAAUUUUUCAUGCAUUUUUGGGACUUAUAUCCCUUCACCAAGCGAACAUUUCACAUGUGAACAGAAAUUGCUAGUAUGUCUCUUUCGUCACCGAGAGUUUUAUACGGAGUAAAUGGAGUAGAAAAAUACGUUAGCGAAUGUACGCUCAUGAAAAACUAAGUUUUAAGUAA